AUGUCCGACCACGCGUCCGAACCCGACGCGGACGCCGGACUGCCACUGCGUCACCGUCUGUUCCCACGCGCGAUGGCUUGGAACGUGCAGCGUCAAAGCGGGUCUCCCACUCCCGAACAGCUCAUUUUGGCCGCCGCCCACGUGCUGGAGCAACAGCAGAGUCGCGUCGAAACUUUGGACGUCGCCCGCUCUUUUCCGCUUUUGCAAGCUGCCGUGGUGGACGGGAGCCUCCGGCUAGCGCUAGAGACCCGUAAUGCACCUCCCAGACCUGUUACGACCCAAGAUAAUGAACGCGAACGACUAUUUCGUGCCAUGGGCAAAUACUUGGACGGCACGACCGCCACACAGGCGUCUCCGGUCUACACACAACCGACAUCACACUAUUACCAGACUCCACCACCUCCUCUCCGCCCUCCAUACGGUGGAAUGCCGUCUCCAGAUCGCAUGACGGCCGAGCAACACGCUGCGUUCCAAGCCAUGAAAAUCUCCAGCUACGCCGACGAGGAGCAGAGGAGCUGGGCCUCACAGAGUCAAGUGCUUAAUACGGGGCUGCGGACGCCACCUGCUGUGUCUCUUACACCACCAGGAGUCCACCAAAUCAACCUUCGCUCACCUCCGAGUGCCACAAGUGGCAAAAAGAGGACGCGAGGGUCCACGCCCACAGCUUCCUCCUCCUCAGCUGUAGGUAGAGAUGAGAUCGCACCUUCACUAGCACGCGCCCUACUUACGGGUUGUGGUGCAAAGCAAUGUUCCUUUGAAAGCUGCAAGAAAAUUGCAGUAAGUAAAGGUCGAUGCCGUGGCCAUGGCGGUGGCCGUAGGUGUCAACAAACGGGCUGUACUAAGUGCGCACAGAGUCGCAGUCCGUUCUGCUGGGCACAUGGCGGCGGCAAGCGCUGCGAGGCGCCAAAUUGCCGUCGCAGUCGCAAGACUAAGAGGUUCUGUGUGGAUCACGUCGAGAUGGAGCUCGCCGUACCUCUAAAACCAGAAGCGGGCAAGACGUCCAAACCCACUUCCAAGUCAAAGUCUGCGACAUCAUCUUUCAGAGGUAAAACUUCUUCUAGCUCAUACGCGAGCGCUGACUCGGACGAUAGCGUCGGCAGACAGUCCACCAUCUCCUGCGACAGUAGCUUCUCGUCCGUCUACAACAAAGAAAACACGCGCAUGACUUCGGUUGACUUUCGUCAGCAUCAGUACGCUGGCGAAGUUUCGGGCAUUGGCGCGCCGUCUCUGCAGCUUCCCAGUCUAAACGAGGCGCUGCUUCGGACAGUGCCUGCGCAGUAUUCGUCUGAAGCGCUGUGGGCGACACGAACGCCGUCGCCGCCAGCUCCCCCCUCGCAAUAUAAGAGUGGAUAUCGACCCUGGCCAGCAAAUAAUGACAAGUAA